AUGGCCACUGGUGCUCUACUUGUUCUUCUGCUUGUGGCCACUCCGGUGGCCUAUGGUGCGGUGCACACCCUCACAGGUUGGUGCACUCGGGGCGACCAUCAGAUCUGGGCUGAUGGCGAAAAGUUCCUCGUCAACAAUACCCUCGUGUUCGAGAACGAGGAAGGGCACAAGGUGGACAUGGUGAACAGAGAAGAUUACGAGAGCUGCAGGAGAGGCAAUGCUCUGACAUCCUCCGUCGGAGGCGAGACAACCAUUGCUCUGAGCAUGCCGGGCACGAUCUACUUCAUGUGCCCGUCGUCCGGCCUUUGCAAAAAAGGCAUGAAGAUGGCGAUCCAUGUUGAGGAAGUUGCCACUACAGCUAACGCCGCCACAAAUAGGCCCUGCCGGUUUUGUUGCCCUCCCCUCUGUUGA